AUGGUUCGACUUAUCAACUGCCUAUUCGCACUUUCCGCGGCGGCUUCGCUUGCGGAAUCACGAAGUAUAUAUGGGAGUAAGCAGAACCCUAUCGUAGAUCUCGGUUCUGCAGGCAGAUACCUGGGAACUCUCCAGAACAACGGAACUGUUCAAUCUUGGAAAGGUAUUCCAUACGCUCAACCGCCACUUGAUAAACUUCGAUUCGAGCCGCCUCGCCCACUAGCUCCACAAUCCUCAAUUGUGAUCAAUACGACCGCUGCUCCUGAUCGCUGUGUCCAAUUCACACUGGCGCCCUAUGGAGUGCACAACGCGUAUCUCGGGCCUGGCUCGCCCGGAACUGAGGAUUGUCUCAAAUUAUUUGUCUGGAAACCAGCUAAAGCUCGGCAGAGCGCCAAGUUGCCUGUGAUGGGUGGUGGACUGGUCUUUGGCGAUGGAUUGCAAGAUGACUACGGUGACUGGGUGGGACAUGACCAGAAGUUCAUUGCUGUGAACAUGAAUUAUCGUCUCGGAAUUUUAGGUUUCAUGAAUCACCCAGACCUGCCCUCAGCAAAUGCGGGUAUCUUGGACCAACGCAUGGCCAUGAGAUGGGUCAAGCAAAACAUCGCCGCAUUUGGCGGUGACCCUGACAACAUCACCAUCAUGGGCCAAUCUGGCGGCGGAUGGGCAAUUGCGGCACACCUAGGUCUCUACGAUGGCCGUACCAAUGGAACCUUCCAGAAGGCCAUUGCGCGCUCGAUUCAACGAGAACCAAUGUUCAACACGGAGGAGUUGACGAUGCGCAAUGAAGUCUUGUCCCAAAAGCUUAAUUGCACCGGUGAACAGCUGGCUUGUUUCCGCAGUGUUUCCGUGUCCGAUCUAGUCGACGUCUUCCAGACCAUGUCCAUCGUUAAGGGCACUAAAGGUAUCUUUGCGAAUAAAGUCUUCGGCUACCAAGGAAGUUUUGGGCCAACAAUUGAUGGUGUGACCUUGACCGACUCAGUUACACGUCUUUUCAAAGAUGGAAAGACGGCAAAUGUACCAACCAUUGCUGGCUGUACCAGUGAUGAGGGUUAUGAUGGCUGGGUUGAUGCAUAUCAGAUGAAUCCAACCCCGUCAAACACAACCCGGCUUGAUCCUCAAACCAACAGGAUCACUAAUCUUACAGAUUCACAAGUAUAUGAGAUUGCCUCUUUUUACCCUGUGAGCGCCGAAUAUGGUGCCGUGGCCUCAGAUAACUUUUUCCUCGAUAUUUUCAAGUCAUAUUGGAUGGCCCUUGGCCUUUUCGGAGAGGUUGGCAUAUUCGGAUCCGAAAGAAUGAUGGGUCGAUGGUUGAGUGCCGCUCAUGGAUCAAAGCAUAUUUGGUCUUUUCGAUUUAACGCUCCUCCCGUCGGGGCCUCUUUCAAUGGAUCUUAUCCUUUGGCUCCUGCGACCCAUUCUACAGAGAAUUCAUAUCUGAACGACCCCCUUAGCACGAUGACUGACUAUGAGCAUGCUGUUGCUAUUGAAUUUCGUGCCUAUUUGUCAUCUUUCAUCCGCACUGGCAACCCAAACACCGAAAAGCUUGCUUCUUCUCCCCACUGGCCUCAUUAUGGGGCUCUCGGCGACUUUGUCAACUCCCCAGUUCGCCUGGUGCCACAGUUUGCUUUUAAAAGUAAUGCAAACAAAAGUUAUCCAACCAGCACGCAAAUUGAGGUUUCUCCAAAGGCGGGAAUAGAGCGGACGGAUUUCUGGCAAUCAGACAAAAUCCUGGAAUCCAUUCGAUUCUAG